GCGUGCGACGUGAACUCUUUCGGCCACAGUAUGUGUUGUAAACAUGGCGUCCGACGACGAGAGCGACGAGGAUUUUGUGACAUACGGGACUCCAUUAGAACCUCUAGAAGAAGAUGAACCCGUCAGAAAGCCCAUACCUGUGCACGAGCAGACGGUUAAAGACGAGAAGGGCCGGUACAAGAGAUUUCACGGAGCCUUCACUGGUGGCUUUUCCGCCGGUUAUUUUAACACAGCGGGCUCUAAAGAAGGUUGGACCCCAUCAACGUUUGUAUCAUCUCGAAAGCAAAAGGCAGAGCAACAAAAUGCUAGACCAGAAGACUUUAUGGAUGAGGAGGAUUUUGGUGAGCAUGGUAUUGCCCCACGAGAGAUUGUCACUACAGAAGAUUUUGCGUCAGAGAGAAGGGAUCAGUUAAAGGACAAAGCACGAGCUGUCAGCUUUCUUUCUGCUCCGAUACCAGGAGACACUGGACUGCUGGAUGAGCUCAUUUCCCCCGCAAAGUCAUCUAUUGGUGUGCAGCUACUGAGAAAAAUGGGCUGGAAAGAUGGCCAGGGAGUCGGGCCCAGGAUAAAGAGAAAGCAAUCCAAACAAAACACAGAUGGAGCAGGCAAGGUUUAUGGCUGUGUGUUUCCGCCCAAUGGAUCAGAGGAGUCAGAGGAUGAUGAUGAAUUUGCUCCAGAGAAUGUGACCUUCGCCCCUAAAGAUGUAAUUCCAGUGGAUUUCACUCCUAAAGAUGACACUCAUGGGCUGGGUUACAGAGGGCUCAACCCCCUGCAGGCUCUGAGCGGUGGAUCAGGAUCAGGGCACAUAAACCUCUUCACACUUCACUCUGACAAAACAACCAACUUGAUUGGAGACAAAAGGUCAGGACAGCAACGCAGAGGAGGGAUUGCAGGACAGGCAUUUGGAGUCGGAGCAAUGGAGGAUGAAGAUGAUGAUAUUUACCAUAAAGACACUAUGUCCAACUAUGAUGCUAUGCUUGGUGGAGAAGAGCCAGGGGAUGGGCUCUACGGAUGGACCGCCCCUCAGGAGUAUUCCAAGAAGAAGAUCGAAUCCAAGAGAGAUGCUGCAUAUUUAGGCAGAAUUUUGCAGGGGUUCACACUUGCCUCCAAAGCCAACGAGAAAAAAAUAGUGUAUACUCCCCCUGAUUUGCCACGUGAUUAUCGGCCUGUACAUUAUUUCCGGCCUGUGGUUGAUUCGUCUUCUAUGAGCCCCAUUGUUGCCCAGGCGCUGCAGGCUUCACGUGGACACCUAUCACAGGAUCCACCCCAGCAGGGCCGUCACACCUUAGAUUCCUCCCAGAGACGUGAAAUGCUUGGAGAGACACCUCUACUGGGCCCAAGCUCUGUGUUUGAGCUGCUUGGCAGUAAGGACAGAGAGAAGCUAAAUGAUAUCCGCAAAGCAUCCCAGGAGCAGAAUAGGUCUGAAAGAGACCUUUCAUCAGCUGUAGAUCGAGCUGCGGUGGUGGCUUCUGCUAAAGCUGCUGCUCUGCAGGCCAUGUCCAGUCGUUUCCAGUCAACCGCCCCACAGCCUGACCCCCACACUCAGUCCCCUACCUCUCAAAGCCUACCUCAGCCAUCUUCUGAGACCCAGAUGGCUUUAAAAGCCUGGUCCGGUCCCACUGCAGAUGCUGGUCAAACCUUUAAACCGUUUGAGAAGAAUCCUCAGAAACAGGCUCGCUACGAUUUGUACAUCAGCCGGCUCAAACGGGGAGACAGAGAUGCCCUGGAGUCGAGUCCGGACUCUUCCAUGACGGAGUGGGAGAGAGGGAGAGAAAAAGAGGAAUUUGUGCGUGCUGCGUUACUCUAUAAGCCAAGCAACUCCUCUCUCUCAUCACGUUUUACACGAGCCAAACAUGAGGAUGACACGGACAGUGUGGAGGUCACGCGGGAUCAAGAGAAUGAUGUAGAUGAUAAGCAGGCUGCUGUGAAGAUGAAGAUGUUUGGAAAACUGACUCGCGAAACAUUAGAGUGGCACCCUGACAAACUAUUGUGCAAGAGGUUCAACAUCCCAGAUCCUUAUCCAGGGUCCAAUACAGUGGGAAUGCCUAAAGUCAAGAGAGAUAAAUACUCAGUCUUCAACUUCCUGACCAUACCAGAAAGCAGCCAGGUUAUCAGUGCACCCAAACCUCCCAGUACCAGCACAAGCCUUCCCCCAAAGGCUUCAGAAGUUUCCCAUAAGAAAUCUAGGUGGGACGUACCAGAGCAGGGAUCUAAACCUAUAGACCCGCUCAGUGCGUUUAUCAGUGAAGCUCGUAGUGAGGUAUCAACGGCCCAGCAGGUCACGGCUGGAGUAAAGAGCCAGACAGAUUCUCCACAAGCUUCUGCCACUCCUGAGGUUGAAGUGGAACCAUCUGAAGCCCAGAAGACUGAAGCAGAGGAGGAGGAGGAAGUUGAAGAAGAGGCAAGGCCUCCAAUGGAUCUCUUUAAAGCCAUCUUUGCCAGUUCAUCAGAUGAAAAGAGCUCAUCUUCAUCUGAAGAUGACAGUGAAGAAGAGGAAGAGAUGACCCCGCCAACAUCUGAACCAUCCAAAAGCAGUGUGGGCUCAGUGGACCCACCCAUCUCAGUUCAGUUCACUCCUGUCCCUGAUAUCAGCAAAGUCACAGAUGUAAAGCAUCCUCAAGUACAGAGUGUGUCGUCUUCUGAAAUGGCAGUACAAAACACUCAGUCCUCUGAAAAUGUUCCUGCUAAAACUGGCAGCCUCAAUGAAGAGGAGUUUGGACCCAGACUGCCACCUCCUGGGUUUAUGCCAUCUGCAUACUCACCACAGUCAAAAAAGCAGAAGAAGAAAGAUAAAGAAAAGCACAAAGCCAAGAAAGACCAUAAACACAAAAAAGAGAAAAAGAAGAAGAAAAACAAAAAGCAUAAACAUAAAGGAAAACAGAAGAAGAGGGUGGAAGAGUCUAACAGCAGCUCAGAUGACUCUAACUCCAACAGUGAAGCUGAAUCUAGAGUUGUUUCUACUAGUGAUCUUCUCCAGAGGUUGAAAAACCUCAGGGAUAAGAGAUAGUAGUGCAUAUCUACAGAACAGGCUGUCCUUUAUUGGAAUUGUGUCUUAUACUACUUAUAUUAUUUUACUUAUACUGCAAAUAAUACCAUAAAUACUACUGUGCGCGUGUGUGGGUUGCAUGUGUUAUACUUGUGUCAUUUCUUUACAUAAUUUCAUAUACUGGCAAAAUUUGUUUCUAUGUCCUGUGAUUUUGUUAAAAAAAUAAAAAUCCAAAAUUGAGUGCUUGUUUAUUAUAGGAGUCUGAUUAACAAUUUGUCAUACAACUAAAUAAUUAAAUACAAUCAUUAUCUGUUUUUAUUUAAAAUAAGUUUGUUAUAGUAACGUUAUAUUUGAUUGUUUUUAUUUGAUGAUUUUCAUCCUAUUGCAAAAUGUGUUUGAAUUGUAAAAGUGGCCCUAAUAGUUGUGACUAUACAGUAUAUUGUAUAAACCUGUUUUAGUUCUAAACUAGCAAGCCCAUGUUACCCUUUUAGUCUUGGUUUUGUCUCAUUUCAAUUUUUAUUGUUUAUUGCAAGAAAACUAUGACAUCACACAAAUCAUUGUUUUAUUGUUGUUUUUAUUUAUAUAUUUUCCCCAAAGGUCUAUCAAACAAAAACAUUUCGGAAAAAGAUCCUAGGCUGACGAUCAAUAUCUUUUUCAAGAUCUUUUCUUAGAAAAAAAAGUUUGAUUUUCAUAUUCAUUUUUAUUUUUUGUUUUAUCAUGCACUAUUAUAGGUUUAGACAUUUAACGUUAGACAAAAAGUGCAAAUGCGGACUCGACUCAAUUUUUUAUAUUUGUUUAAAUUUAAUUAAACGUGUAUUUGUAAAUAUGUGUACGUUAACGUUAGAGUAAACUUAAUAAACUCUAUUUACGUUACAAUGUUUAUUUACGCUCACUUUACUGUAAGUUAGCAUUAUGUAUGAUCGUUUUAUUGUAUUGCGUAUGUAUUGUCUUUUGUAGUGCGUGCACUGUGACCAUACAUCUCUUUUGUAUUGUUACUAAAUAAUAAAUGUUAUGUAUGUUUACGUUAAAUUAUAACCAAUCACGCACAGGCGCCGUGGCUUAGUUGGUUAAAGCGCCUGUCUAGUAA